GUAGAAGACUGUGGUCUGUUCAGCUGCUGAGCGUUAAAUGACAGGAGGGUGUUUUGUGUUCAGGCAGUGACUGGAGGUGAGGGUCUACCUGUGGCGGUGCAGUGUGUCGCUCUGCCGUGGCAGUGUGAUUAAGGAAGUGGAGCAACUGCCCUAGGCAAUCUCCUUUAAAAAUCGUGGAGGGACAGGAUCAUUUGGAGAACCAGAGGGCUGAACACAGCAUAAAAACCUCUGGUCACACAAGUUAAAAUGUACAAAAACACGUGUUACAAAUUCCCACAGAAGAGAGCUUACCUCACCUCACACUCCCACUGACGUUUCAAGAGACCUCUGCCGAUCACACAACAGAAGGCAGUCAGUUGCAUUUUGGCACUGUCCACGGCUAAAGUAGGAGACUGAAAUGUGCAAUGUUAGGCCCACUUGGCAUUUAAUCCGAUUUGCAGCCACAGGACAAAGACGAAAACCACGCGGAACACUGAACUGUUUAUUAAGAGAGUGAAGAUGGACAACUGGACAGCGGCUCUGCUCACUGGUGUUGCCUGCAUUGUGGGAUAUCUGGUUGUGCUGGUGAAAAAGAUCAACAGCCUCCGACAGGCGGAGGAAAAAAUCAAGAGAGCCAGAAACAGGAGAGAGCAGAGCUUGCAGCGGGCAGAGCAGGCGGUGCUCCGGUACAAAGAGUCGCAUCCGACAACUGACUCUGCUCUGAUCCUGACGCUCUCCCUGUCUGAGCUGACGCAGCAGCUGAAGGACGGUUCACUGAGCCCUGAGGAUGUGUUUUACUCUUACAUGGAAAAGACUCUGGCUGUAAACAAAAAGCUGAACUGCUGCACUGAAGUUUUGCUGGAGAGUUUGGACCAGCUGAAAACUGUUGGCUCCAACAAGGAUGGUCUCUUGUACGGAGUUCCAGUUAGCAUCAAAGAAAAUAUUGCAUUUAAGGAUCAUGACUGUUCUUGUGGUGUGAUCAUUAACCUGGACCAGCCUGCUGAAAAGGACAGUGUGCUUGUUCAAAUCCUGAAGAAACAAGGAGCUAUUCCCUUUGUGAAAACCAACUUGCCUCAAGCCCUUUUGAGCUAUGACUGCAGUAAUCCUAUCUACGGGCAGACUGUGAACCCUCAUAACCCCCAGAAGACCUCUGGAGGUUCAUCUGGUGGGGAGGCGGCUCUCAUUGGGGGAGGGGGCUCCCUCCUCGGUAUAGGCACUGAUCUAGGUGGCAGUAUCCGUAUUCCUGCUUCAUUUAGUGGAAUCUGUGGUUUCAAACCAACAGCAGGUCGGCUCAGUUCACAGGGAGUUCGUCCAAUUUAUAGAGGGCAAAAGUCAGUGCUAUCUUCACCUGGACCCAUGGCAAGAGAUGUGGACAGCCUGGCUCUGUGCAUGCAGGCACUUCUUUGUGACCACAUGUUUUCUUUGGACCCCACUGUUCCACCAUUACCUUUUAACAUGGAGAUAUACAGAAGCUCCAGACCUCUAAGGAUUGGUUAUUUGGAAAACGAUGGCUACACGCAACCAUCUCCAAGCAUGGCCCGAGGCGUCAGAGAGGUCAAAGCUCUGUUAGAGCAAGCAGGACACACAUUGGUCCCUUACCAUCCACUGAAGAUUGAUGAAAUUUUCCCUGAACUAAUGAUAAAGGGUUUUUUAGCAGAUGGAGGUACCAGCCUGUUACAAAAACUGAAGGGGGGACCUGAGGACCCUUGUCUGAAGGGACAGUUUCAUCGUUACCGUCUUCCUAAGUGGUAUAAGACAAUCCGUUCAUUUCUGCUCAAACCUAAGUCUCCUCGUAUCUCUGCCAACAUAAGGGCUCUUUGUGGAGUUCGAUCUGUUCCAGAUCUGUGGAAACAACAUGCCGCUGUUGAGGACUACAUUCAUGAGACAAUAGCACAUUGGAGGAGCUGCAACAUCGACGUGCUACUGUGCCCUGUGAUUGGACCAGCCUACAACUUGUUUUACUGUAGCAAAAUUCCAACUGCUCUUAGUUACACGAUUGUCUACAAUCUCCUUAACUUUCCUGUGGGUGUAGUCACAGUUUCCACAGUGACUUCAAAGGAUGAGGAGGAACUCAAACACUGUAACGGUUAUUAUCAGGACAUGUGGGACAAACUCUUCAAAGAGGACCUCCUCCCUGUAGGACAUGCUUGGAAUACCUCACCCAGAAGGUGUCCAGAAGGCAUCCUAAUCAGAUGCCCGAACCACCUCAACUGACUCCUUUCAAUGUAGAGAAGUGACAGAUCUACUCUGGCUUCUCUCGGAUGGCUGAACACCUCACACUACUUCUAAGGGAGAGUCAAGUAACCCUUUGGAGAAGGCUUGGAUCCGCGAUCUUGAUCUUUCGGUCACAAACCGAAGCUUAUGACCAUAGUCCUCCCUGACUCAGAGUAGGCAGUCCAUCCUUUUCUGGCUGAAGACUACAGCCUCAGACUUGGAAGUGCAAAUUCUUAUACCCACCGCUCCAGUUAGAGCUGGAUACCACAACCUGAUGAAGCCAACAGGACCACAUCAUCUGUCAAAAGCAGAGAUGAGAUUGAAAUAAGUCAUGCGGGAGUUGUUUAACUACAUCAGUCAAGUGAGGGUACCAACCGUCUCAUCCGUCAGUGAGAACUAACAUACAGGCAGCAAGACUGUAGCCACCGCCCUUAACUUUCGCCCAACGCACAUUCCACCUCCCGCAGGUGGGGGGCCUACAGGAGGGCUGCAAAGUAACUUAAAUGUGAAAGUAAGGUUGAAGUCUUACUAUGUAUCUGAUUUAUAUGAAUAUGAUAAAUGAAUGAAUAUUAGCAGAUUAUUUCAAUUGUGCUGUUGUAGACACGGCCAUCAGAGUCAUGGUCCUAUUACGCCUCUGCAAA